UGACGCAGCACUUCUGGUGUCGUGAACCUCAGAUACAAAACAGAAAAGAAGCUGUCGUGCUGUGGAGCCCAGAUCUGUAUGGGUGGGAGCGGCGGCCGAGCGAUGUGGAUUUAAGAAAUCGGGGGGGUAGUCCCAUGCUAACAAAGGCAAGGCUUUAGUCGCCAUAUACUGGAUAAUCGAGAGGACAGACUGUCCACCGGCUGGAGGCGAGCAGGCAGCCACCGGGGCUCCAUCUGAAUCCCUCGGAGUUGCAGCCAGCAGACGGUGACAAAGAAAACAAAGUCGUGCGUCCGCUGAUCGGUGCCCCGGGGUCCGCUCCAGCUGCACGAUGGCUUCAGUGCCCGGUGCCGACGCGGCGACGUUAGGCGCUGCCUCUCGGUGAAGGCGGAUCGGGCUCUGCUUCGUGAUUUUACUGGAAGCACGAACCGUGUCAGCAAGGCGGGGAGGAGACGGAGCUGAGCCCGGCCGGGUCCGCUGGGCGCGGGACCGCAAGGAGCCGCAGCAUGCUGGCCCCUUGCGUGCUGAAGGGCUGAGGACAGGCCAGGAGAUUAGCAGCGGCUGCAGGAGCGACAGUCAUGGGGAACACGGCUACCAAGUUCCGCAAGGCCCUGAUCAAUGGGGACGAGACCCUGGCCUGCCAGCUCUACGAGAGUAACCCGCAGUUCAAGGAUUCCCUGGACCCCAACACCUCGUACGGGGAGCCGUACCAGCACAACACCCCUCUGCACUACGCCUCCAGACAUGCCAUGACACGUCUGCUCAGGUCCUUCCUGUUCUGCAAGGAUGGCAACCCUAACAAGCGUAACGUGCACAACGAGACCUGCCUGCACCUGCUCUGCAUGGGCCCGCAGAUCUUGCUGCCAGAGGGGGCACUGCACCCCCGCCUGGCCCGGCCCCAAGAGGACGAGCAGAGGCGAGCCGACUGCCUCCAGAUGAUCCUCAGGUGGACCGGCGCCAAGCUGGACCUGGGCGAAUACGAGCGUGCCAACGUGAACGCCACGGACGUCAAGAAGAGCACGUGCCUGCACUACGCGGCCGCCUCAGGGAUGAAGACGUGCGUGGAGUACUUGGUGAAGAGUGACGCAGACCUCUUCGCGGAGAACGAGGAUAAGGAGACCCCAUGCGACUGUGCCGAAAAGCAGCACCACAAGGAGCUGGCCCUCAGCCUGGAGGCUCAGAUGGUCUUCUCCAAGGAUCCCGAGGCGGAGGGCGUGGAGGCUGAGUAUGCGGCCCUGGACCGUAAAGAGCCCUACGAGGGUCUGAAGCUGCAGGAUUUGCGCCGUCUAAAGGACAUGCUCAUCGUGGAGACAGCAGACAUGCUCCAGGCCCCCCUCUUCACGGCGGAGGCAUUGCUCAGGGCUCACGACUGGGACCGUGAGAAGCUGCUGGAGGCCUGGAUGUCCAACGCUGAGGAAUGCUGCCAGCGCUCGGGGGUGCAGAUGCCCGCCCCGCCACCCAGCGGCUGCAAUGCCUGGGACACGCUGCCAUCGCCCCGCACGCCGCGCACCACCCGCUCCUCUGCCACCUCGCCUGACGAGAUCAGCCUGUCGCCGGGAGACGAAGGCAUGCCUCUGUGUGGAAUCUGCAUGUGUCCCAUCUCGGUGUUCGAGGACCCCGUGGAUAUGUCAUGUGGCCAUGAGUUCUGCCGAGCAUGCUGGGAAGGGUUCUUGAACUUGAAGAUCCAGGAGGGGGAGGCACACAACAUCUUCUGUCCGGCCCAUGACUGUUUCCAGCUGGUCCCGGUGGAGGUCAUCGAAAGCGUGGUGUCCCGGGAGAUGGAUAAGCGCUACCUGCAGUUUGACAUCAAGGCAUUUGUAGAGAACAACCCCGCCAUUAAGUGGUGCCCCACGGCUGGGUGUGAGAGAGCUGUGCGCCUCAACCGGCUGGGUCCUGGAGCCACGGCCUCGGAUCCUCUCAGCUUCCCUCUGCUCCGGGCUCCUGCCGUUGACUGUGGGAAAGGCCAUGUCUUCUGCUGGGAGUGUCUGGGGGAAGCCCACGAGCCGUGUGACUGCCAGACUUGGAACAUGUGGCUCCAGAAGGUGUCCGAGAUGAAACCGGAAGAACUGGCCGGCGUGAGCGAGGCCUACGAAGACGCCGCCAACUGCCUGUGGCUGCUGACCAACUCCAAACCGUGUGCCAACUGCAAGUCGCCAAUCCAGAAGAACGAGGGCUGCAACCACAUGCAGUGUGCCAAGUGCAAGUAUGACUUCUGCUGGAUCUGCCUGGAAGAAUGGAAAAAACACAGCUCAUCCACAGGGGGGUACUAUCGCUGUACGCGCUAUGAGGUCAUCCAGCAGGUGGAGGAACAGUCCAAGGAGAUGACGGUGGAGGCUGAGAAGAAGCACAAGAGCUUCCAGGAGCUUGACCGCUUCAUGCAUUACUACACGCGCUACAAGAACCACGAACACAGCUACCAGCUGGAGCAGCGCCUCCUCAAAACAGCCAAAGAGAAGAUGGAGCAGCUGAGCAGAGCCUUCAGCGGAAGAGAGGGCGCUCCCCCUGACACCACGUUCAUUGAAGAUGCGGUGCACGAGCUCCUGAAAACCCGACGCAUUCUCAAGUGCUCUUACCCGUGCGGCUUCUUUCUGGAACCCAAAAGCACAAAGAAGGAGAUCUUUGAACUUAUGCAGACGGACCUGGAGAUGGUGACGGAAGACCUCGCUCAGAAAGUCAACAGGCCUUACCUCCGCACGCCUCGACACAGGAUCAUCCGCGCUGCUUGCCUGGUCCAGCAGAAGAGGCAGGAAUUCCUGGCCUCCGUGGCCCGGGGCGUGGCCCCCAACGAUUCCCCGGAGGCCCCCCGUCGCAGUUUCGCAGGCGGAACUUGGGACUGGGAGUACUUAGGAUUUGCUUCCCCGGAGAUCCUGGCCAAUCAGUCGGUACUGGGAGGAAAUGAUCAGAGAGAGAACUAUCAGAGUUCAGGAGCACAGCAGCAGGAGUACGCAGAGUUCCAGUACCGCCGGAGGCACCGGCAGCGGCGGCGUGGCGACACCCACGGCCUGCGAAGCGGCACCCCCGACCCCGAUGAGCCCGGCGAGGGCAUCGUAGACACCCAGGACGGGGGCAGCAGUCGGAGGCAUGUGGCCCUCCGUUCCCUUGACGACGACGACCCCAACAUUCUACUGGCCAUCCAGCUGUCCCUGCAGGAGUCCGGCUUAGAUGUGGGCGGCGACACCCAGGAGUUCCUGAAUAACGAAGCGUCGCUGGGGGCGAUCGGCACCUCCCUGCCCUCCCGGCUGGACCCGGCGCCCCGUACGGUGGAGGUGCCCCGUGCCGCCCUCAGCAGCUCCGAGCUGCUGGAGCUGGGCGAUAGCCUGAUGAGGUUGGGCGCUGUGGCUGGCCAGUAUGCGCCUGAGCACUUUAGCGGCUCGCACGCCUUUGACGAUGCGACGGGCAGCAGCCCCCCACAGUCUGAUGGUGCCGACCUCGACUCGGAGUGUCACGACCCCGCUGCCAAUGCCAAUCUUCUGGGCAACAUCAUGGCUUGGUUCCACGACAUGAAUCCCCAGACUAUUGCCCUAAUCCCCUCAGCCUCCUCUGAGCCUGGCCUGGACAUGCAGCUGUCCGGCAGCCUGAAGGAAGGUCUGGAACCUCGGAUUGAGGUCCAGGAGCAGGUGGAUAAGGAGGAAGGCCAUCUGGGGAAGGUGGGGCAGUGUCUGCCAUGCCAGGCUGGAGAGGACACUGAAACGACGAGGCCCACCCAACUGGAGUUGGAGCGUCUGGAUGUUGUAACAGUGCCAGCCGUGGAACAGGAGAACUACUGUAGCGCCAAUCUCAGCCGCGCUGAAGGCCCUCAAUGUGACUCUGACCCUGAGCACCAACAAUGCAGCAGCGCCUCCCCAGACUGGGAGGAGCAAGUGCACCUGGUGUGAGAAAUAAAAUAGCUAGCCCACCCAGAAAAUCUCAACCGGUAUGAGAGGCAAAUUAGUAGCUCUAGCAGCAGUUGGAAGGUAAAAAGAAGGUUUCUUAUGGAAGCACAACAGAAAGGUCUCAUUAUGGGGGAGUCUGAGUGAUGUUAGGUAUUUUUAAUGAAAGAUAUGAAAGGUUAGAGGGCAAUUGAAUGCUGGGAGAUUAUACUUAUCUGUGGAACUAGAUAUGGCAACUAGUUAAGUUCUAUGACAGAUAAUAGUCAGGAAAGGUAGGGGGAAAUUUGAAUUAUUGCUUUUUGAAUUUUUGCUUUCAGAAAUAUGCGAAAGAUUAGGCCCUGAGAUCAGCCUCAUCAAAGUGCAUUUUCCCCUCUUUCAGCUAACUAUAACCCCCUGGAAUAAUCAUUGUGGUUUUCUUAUCAGGAUGAAACCUACUACUGAGAGGGGGACAGAGUUCAGCCCUCCCAACCGUUAGGGGGCAAUGUUGCACCUUGCCGUGGUAUCGGAGUAGUAAACAGGCGGGUAAACCCCUCCCUGUCAAUUCUCAUCCGCCUCCUUUUUAAAUGAAAAGGUGCCAAACUGUAACUAGAGUAUAUAUGUAUCACGUUGUUAACAUGCAAACUGUGCCUAAGUUGCUAAGAUCCAACCACGUUUAUUUCCUUUCCAUACCCAUUCUUAGUUGAUGCACAUUUGCUUGUGAUAUAGAGAAUGUGAACAAGACAGAGCUACUAUGACAGUUUUUAUUUUUAAAUCAUUAUUAAAACAGUCAAAGCUGGAAAUUUUAAUAAUGCAGAGUAGCAGUGGACACAAUCAUGGAAUAUUAGAAAUGCAGUUAGCUAUUUAUUUCUCAUAACCUAAGCACUGUAACACGCCUAUGAGUAUUUCAAAAUGUAGGAUUCAUUUAAAAUAUGAACUUGCCGCGCAGGAAAGGGCUGUACCUUGAAGCGGAUCUACUAAAUUCAUUACCGUGCCUUUAUGUAAGAGUUUUUUUAUUAUCAUUUUAAAUUAAUUACUGCGUCUCAUGAGCUCUUUAGAGGUGUCGCUUACAAGCACUCAGCUCCCUUUGUGGUACAGUCUAUUCAUUAACAAACUAACAAAGGUUUUCGAACCUUAGCAUUAAGAAAAACACAUUUGUAUCCAUUCUUAGCCUCUCUUGCUUGUUAGAUUAUUUCUACCUUUUUUAAAGCAUUGAAAAACGGAAUAUAAAUUUAAAUGUAAUUAUAGUGAGCCAACGAAUUAUUGAUCACCUUCGAUUCUGUUGCAUUUUAUUAUUAAGUAUAAAAUUGCCAUUUGUUCGAUUUAGUUUCUGAUUUGGGGCAUGCAGGAAUAUAGUGCCAGAGAAGCGUAACGCUGUAAAGUUAUACAACUGCUGGUGUUUUUACAGAGAUCUGAAAUGACACUAAAGCACGGAGUGGCACAGGUAUUUAUACGUAACACUUUAAUGUAUUUCUUAAAAAGUGAAAUUCCCUUAACUUACCUUUAGAUGCGUUGUCAAGGUAUACAUUUGGAUUGAAUCAUUUUCUGUGGCAGACCUGAACUUCGAGAUAAACGGUUUUCCUUAAGGCUUCACUAAAAACGGUCUUUUUCUCAAGAUAGGUGUGACUGUGCUGAAAUACAUGUCAUCUGAUGCUUAGAACAGCAGCGAAACGUGUGUGUCGCAUUGAAGCAGUUUGUGAGAGUAACGUGCCGGAGUCCGUGACUUUCGUGGGACUUUUUGUUCUGUACGUCCCUAUUUAAGUUGUGGAGUUUGACCAUCGUCUUCUGUGAAACAGUAUGCUGUGCAUGAAAAGGGUCCUACUAUAUACAGUUUUUUUUCAUUGGUACUGAAUUUGACCUGACAACAGAAAUCACUUUAAAUUGGCAAAACUAUUUUAUAACCCACUGAAAUUUUAUAUUGUGAAGCAACGUAACCUUGAAAUGCGAUUUGCACUUUCAUAAUGAUAUACUUGAUACAUUCCCAGUUUAUAUGGAAGUAAGUAAUGUUCGAUGUCUGGCCAAAACAUGAAAGUGUCGGUUAAGGUUGACUUUAAUAAAACUGUGUAAAAAUC